AUGUCUCAGGAGCUUGUCUGGGAUGGUUUCCUGGGGCUUCCACAAAUUCGGGGAUGCAGAAGAGCCCCGAGGAUACCUUCCCCAUACUGUAAGAGCGAAGCUGCAGGCACUAAACCGCCACACUCUCCUCACAAAGCCAGGUACAUCUGUGGUAGUCAAGAGUUUUCCCCUUACCCCAAGCUUCUGCAAUCUGGUUGUCAGGGAAUUCUGAUUUUUUUUUUUCUCUCCCCUUUAUACCAUUUCAGAUUUGGGAUCAUGGAACUUUUCGUGAAAAUCGUGUCAAAGGAAGUAAUGAAGGCAGAUCAUUUACCCAAGGUUGUUCAGAGAAGUGAACCCCAGCGAGUCACUGACAGAACGUUUUUCAUUGAUGGUUCCAACCAGGGUUUGAAAACUAUCCCGUCAGACAUUUUGGCAUUAAAAGAAUUAGAAGAACUGCAUCUGGAGAACAACCAGAUUGCUGAAAUUCCCCCGGACAUUCAGCACUUAAAGAAUGUCAGGGUCCUCUACCUGUACAAGAACAACCUGCAGUGUCUGUGUCCAGAGCUGGCGUCGAUGAUCAGCCUGGAGUCGCUAGACCUGAGCAGCAAUCCGCUGCUCUAUUCCUCGCUGCCGGUACUCAGCUGCCUCCGCACCCUCCGGGAGCUGCGGCUCUACCACACCGGCCUGAAAGAGGUUCCCACUGUGAUCUGCAAAUCCCUGCACCACCUGGAGCUGUUCGGACUGUCCGGGAACCACCUGGAAUCGCUGCCCAGGGAAAUCGUGAACCAGACCAAGCUCAGGGAGAUCUACCUGAAACAGAAUCAGUUCUCGGUUUUCCCUUGCGACCUCUGUGCCCUCUUCAGCCUGGAGGUGAUCGAUCUGGACCACAACAAGCUGAAGGCCAUCCCGGAAGAAAUCGGGCAGCUGGUGAAGCUGCAGAAGUUGUACUUGGCGGCUAACUACCUGCCCCUUCUACCGGAGUCUCUGAGCCAGUGCAGCAAGCUGUCGGUGCUGGAUUUGACCCACAACCUCCUCCACUCCCUCCCGCCAACCCUGGAAGUUCUCACAGAGCUCAGGGAGGUCGGGCUGAGCGAGAACCGCCUGGAGAAGGUGCCGCGCCUCCUGUGCCGCUGGACGUCGCUGCAGCUGUUGUACCUGCGUAACACCUGCCUGCGCGGGUUGCGGCGCUCCUUCAAGCGCCUGGUUAACUUGCGCUUCCUGGAUCUCAGUCAGAACCACAUAGACCACUUCCCGGGGCAGAUCUGCGCGCUCAGGAACCUGGAGAUCCUGGCGCUGGACGAUAACAAAGUGGGACAGUUACCAUCAACCAUGGGCUCACUUAUGAAACUGAAGGUACUUGGACUCACAGGGAAUGACUUUUCAUCCUUCCCGGAGGAAAUCUUUUCCUUAGUGUCUCUGGAGAAAUUAUACAUUGGACAAGACGAGGGAUGCAAGAUUUCCUAUGUGCCAGAAAACAUCAAAAAAUUGCGGAAUCUUAAAGAACUAUAUAUAGAAAACAACCUCCUUGAGCAGCUGCCUACAUCCUUGGGGUUAAUGCCAAACCUGGAAGUUCUCGAUUGUCGGCAUAAUCUUCUUAAGCAACUCCCAGAUGCCAUUUGCCAUACUCAAGAGUUGAGAGAGUUGCUGCUGGAGGACAAUUUACUCACGCGCCUCCCGGAAGACCUUGACCACCUGAUAAAUCUUAAGGUCCUAACACUGAUGAACAACCCCAUGGAAGACCCUCCAAUGGAAGUGUGUGCCCAAGGCAAUGACGCCAUAUGGAAAUACCUGAGGGAAAACAGAAUUAGGAAAAUAAUGGCCACAAAGAUUCAGGCAUGGUGGCGUGGAACCAUGGUGCGGAAAGGAUUUGGGUCUUUUGAAGAGCUACUAAAAGCCCGAAAAAAAGGGAAAAACUCCCCAAAAGAUAAGAAAGGAAAGAAGGCUGCAAAAGGGAAACCUGCAAAAGGGAAUAAGAAAUAAUCGUGGAAAUGAAUGAGUGAAG